GGAGCUCGUAUGCACGUAACCAUGCACUGGUGUGCGUAAGUGGUGGGGCAGUUUCCCGAUGACACCGGUCUGCCGUCUGGUAACACUGCUACGAAUUACAAUUAGCGACACAACAGAUGAAAGCGUGACGUGAAUAACGUCGGCUUGCCAUACCGCGUCGAGAUAAUGUCGUUCGAGAAGAGAAACGUUGUCCGUUUGUAAAGCAGGGUACAUAAAAAACCCCGUAAUUUAACCCCGGCACUGUUUUGUCGCGCGGUUGCCAGAAAAUGGAAGCGGACUAUCAACCGACGCUAAGCCCAACGCGAACUUUGACAGCUGCUAAUGACGUCGAGGAUCCGUAUCCAAGUUUGUCAGAUUAUCAUGAUUACGAGCCCAACUUGGAGUUUGACGAUACAGAGUUGCAAACCACUUCGAAUAACGCCGUACAACUUUUAGAAGAAAAAUUGGAUUUGAUUAGCAGCGGUGCUGGUACUGGGAUAGAUUAUCUUGAGAGUCCGGUGAGCGACGGCACAAUUGAAGAGAACUUUGAAGAAGCUUUGGUAGAUGCUCCAGUUAUCGAAUCCGCGGAGGAUCUUGCUGCAUUGGAUGGUGAACUUACGGACGAAGAAGAUUAUCUUGAUAUUUCGAGAUAUGGUAUCGUAGAAGUGGUUGGCGAUGACAGUGCUGGUCGUAAAAUAAUCAUAGUAUCUGCAUGUAAAUUACCUCCUGUCGGAAAGGAAACAUUUAAUCAUGCUAAACUUCUCAGGUAUCUCACGCAUACUUUAGACACAUUUGUAGAACAAGACUACAGCUUGAUUUAUUUUCACUAUGGUCUUACUUCCAAAAAUAAGCCACCGUUAUCCUGGUUAUGGCAAGCGUACAAAGCUUUCGAUAGAAAGUAUAAAAAGAAUUUGAAGGCUUUGUAUUUAGUUCAUCCGACUAAUUUUAUUAGAAUCGUAUGGCAAAUAUUUAAGCCAGCCAUUAGUGCGAAGUUCGGUCGUAAAAUGAUGUAUGUUAAUUAUUUGGAGGAACUGGCACAAUACAUUAAUCUCGAUCAACUUAUAAUACCUCCUCAAGUAAUAGAACACAAUGAACAUCUAAUGUUAAAGAAUAAAAAGAAUUUGCCAACAAGUCCACCUCAGAGUGCGGUAACAACACCAGUUGGUACCACUCAAUUCGGAGCAAGUCUCCUUUUUAUCAAAGAGAAUAAUAAUAAUGAUCCUAUACCACCAAUAGUACGACAAUGUGUUGAAUUUCUUGAUACACCCGAUGCCUUAGAAACGGAAGGAAUAUUCAGACGAUCGGCUAAUGUGGCGGUAGUUAAAGAACUUCAGCAUCGUUGUAAUCAAGGAUUACUUGUUGAUUUUCAGGGAGAUCCCCAUAUAGCAGCAGUUCUUCUUAAAACGUUUCUUCGCGAGUUAGAUGAACCUCUUAUGACAUACGAACUGUACGAUGAAAUAACACAAUUUCAAAGUCUAUCGAAAGACGAACGUCCAAGAAAAGUAAAGAUACUAGUACUUGAGAAGCUUCCAGAAGACAACUAUAAAGUUUUAAAAUAUAUUGUACAAUUUUUAUCGAGAGUGAUGGAUAGGUGUGAUUUGAACAAAAUGACAUCGAGCAAUCUCGCUGUGGUAUUCGGUCCAAAUCUUGUCAGAGCACCACCGUCGCGUGGAAUGUCACUUUCUGCAAUAGGUCCUAUUAAUCAAUUCAUAGAUUUUUUAUUUAUUCAUCAGGAUGAAAUAUUUAUUAUUUAAAAUUAUCGUUGAAGCAAACAUCGAAGGCCUAAUUCGAAACGAAAUUCGUACUUUACGUGUUGUAUGUUGUAGAAAGGAAAUCCUACAGGUCGGGCUGCCGGUGUUUGAUAUUUGUAAAAAUUAUUGGAGAACAACAAGAAAAAAUUUUAUAGGAAUUUUUAAUAAGAACUCGACGAGUUACCGAGACUUUUUCAUCUUGACGUAUGAAAAAGAAACAAGAAAAAUCUCAUUUUAUCAGCUUUAGAUCUUUAGCUAUUAAAUCAUAUCAAAUUUGUUGAGAACUUAAAGUGAACGUAACAAAUUCAUGUAUAAUAUUCAUAUUUAAUUAUAACGUCCGUACUUCGUUGAUUAAAAUAUUUUUAUAUUUGAAUAUACAAAUAGAGAAAUGUUUGCAUACCUACUAAUGUCACAAAUAGCGCUUAAUUAUACAGCCUGCACAAGAUUUUUUUAACGAAUUGGUAAAAAUGAUUUCGUGAUUAAAAUACUGAAUAUAAUGAUACAAAAUGGACUCUGGAUGGUAAUUUAAAAACAUGUAAACUUACGUGAAAAUUAAUGGGAUACCAAAGAUACAUGAAAAUGUCAUGCAAUUAUUGUAAAAUUUAGAAUUAUUUUAGAAAUAGUAUAACGUAAUGGAAAUAGACAAGCAGAAGUAUAAUGGUGUACAGGAUGCCUUGCAUAAUUGUAUUAAUUUAAGAAAAAUGAACAUGACACGAUUCAUAAGUCAUAAUUAAUUAACUAUUGAUUAUAUCUUGUUAUAGUUGAUUAGUAUAGCCAAAGUGAAAUACGAAUUAGUGAUUACCGAUAGAAUACGACAUCCUUUGUAUUAAAAUUGUGUACAUACAUACUAAAAUUAAUAGCAAUGUAUAAAAUUUUAGCCCGAUUAUGUGAAACUGUCCACGUAACUAUACAGAUAGGAGGAUAUCGAUGAAUUUAAAAAAAAAAAAAAGAAAAUGAUUACAUUACACUAUAAAAUUGAAUUUAAAUUUGCAAUAAAACUUAUUAUUUUCGCGUAAAUACAAAUGGAAUCAAUUGUUGAUGCGAUUUAGCAUGUUAUGUGAUGUUUGGUCUGUAACUUUUAAAUGUGAUCGUAGUCUGUAAAAUAACAAAUUCGUGAAAAAAAAAAAAUGAAAAAAGGGAGAAUAAUUCGCAUGAUCAUUUUCUAGUAAUAAUAGCAAUGGAAACUAUAGAAAUUGUUAUUCGUUAUUAUCGUAACUUAACAAUUAGAUUAAAAUCAUUGUCAGGGUAUUGUGUAAUGUAAUACUUAGCAUAAAUAUUGUCUGUUGUCACUUUAAGGAUAAAAGACUUACACUAACCUUUUCAGAAUCAAAUAUUUGUACAUUUUAAAUAGUCCUGCCAUUAUGGGUGUCUGGGAUAAAAUAGAGGCUAAUCGUCUAAUACACUCUUUGCUAUCGGAAAAAAAAAAAGACUAACCCAGACCUAUAUAGAACUGAUACAACUACAUUCCAUAAAAUUACUUUAACAAAGCAUGAUUAUUUAUAAAAAAAAGCUAGGAUACAGAACGUGUCAUAAAAUGUAUAUUACGCAAUUCAUUAUUUCCAAUGUUCUAAAUAUUUUUCUGAUUCACAAACAGCCAUGGACAACCCAUCCAUAAAUUUACAUACGAUUAAAAUUACGAGUCCAUACGAGAAAAGAAUAUUUAUGUUGCUACAAUAGAUGAAUUUGUGGAUGUUCAUGAUCCAUGUAUGUACCUGUGAUAGAGUAGAAUAUUUGUACUUUAGUCUCACGAAUACUAUGCAUGUAAUUAAAUUAAGAUAACGAUAUUUUCCAACAGUCCUUUACUUUGUAACUAAUUAUAAAAAGAAACUAAUCUAAAUUGUGAACUAUAAAAUACAAAACAUUCCCAAAAAAUAUUGUAUUACAUAUAUAUAUGUAUAUGUUAAUUAAGUUUUUAUUAAAACACAAUGGU